ACUUCCGGUCCCCGCCCCGAGGUGGGUGGUGGGUGGUAGGAGGGUGGAGGCCAGGAGUAGGGAUUGGGAGGAGAGCGUCCCGGGAAGUUGAACGCUCGCCGCGCGGCCCUGGCGGUGCUUAGGCAGGAUGCAACCUAGAACAGAGCUUCUUUUCGUACCGUACAUCCAGGUUUGCACAGCGCUUUUGUGUCGCUCCUCCAAUCCGAUCUUGCACCAGCUCUGCAGUAGGCUUUCUUAUUAUCCUCAUUUUCGGAGGAGAGGGAGCUGUGGCUCAGGGAAGUUGAGACGUGUCCAGAUUCAUACGACCUGUUGGGCCCCUCUUUAUCCCGAACACUGUUCUAGGGGAUAGGGUUCGUGAACAAAAAACGCAAAAAUCCCUGACCGCCGGGGGCUUACAUCUAUUAGAAGGAGGAAGACAGACUAAGUAAGGCAUGUGAAAAGGAGAGAAAUAAAGCAAGUCAGCAGGUAUUCUAGGAUCAAAGCUCAGGUUGAUUGGCAAGAAACCUUAUCCUCUUUACCGCAAUUGCUGUUGGACUGGAGUGAUCCUGAGAUGCGUUUGGGCAUAACUUGGCAUCUGAACUCAAUAAUUUCUAAGACCCUGAAAUUGCUCACAGGCAACAUGCAAGUGACUUUCUGCAGACUUCGGACUCACCAGUGGUGUUUCAUUCUUUUUAAUGUCAUCCUAUUUCAUGCCUUGCUUUUUGGGGCUGACUUUGUGGAGGAAUACUUUCUGCAUUCUUUGCCUUAUAUAGAUAUGAAAGUUCUUGAAAUUAAGAAUAAGGCAAGAAAAUUGAACAUGGAACCCCUAAGAAGUAAUCUCUCCAAAUAUUAUGUCCUGAGCCAGUCGGAAGUAUGUAAAGGGAAGAACAUUUUUCUGCUGUCUCUUGUCUUCAGUAGCCCAGGAAAUGGAACAAGACGGGACCUCAUUAGGAAAACUUGGGGCAAUGUGACCAGUGUCCAAGGGCAUCCCAUUCUCACACUGUUUGCUUUGGGAAUGCCUGUUUCAGUGACUACCCAGAAAGAGAUCAACAAAGAGUCCCGUAAGAAUAAUGAUAUAAUUGAAGGAAUCUUCUUGGACAGUUCUGAGAACCAAACCCUGAAGAUCAUUGCAAUGAUACAGUGGGCUGUGGCUUUCUGCCCUAAUGCCCUGUUCAUUCUCAAGGUAGAUGAGGAGAUGUUUGUCAAUCUACCAAGCUUGGUAGACUAUCUUCUCAAUCUGAAAGAACACCUAGAAGAUAUCUAUAUAGGAAGAGUUAUUCAUCAGGUUACACCCAAUAGAGAUCCUCAGAACAGAGACUUUGUCCCUCUUAGUGAGUACCCAGAAAAAUACUACCCAGAUUACUGCAGUGGCGAGGCCUUUAUAAUGUCCCAAGAUGUGGCUCGAAUGAUGUAUGUGGUUUUCAGAGAAGUACCCAUGAUGGUGCCAGCUGAUGUGUUUGUAGGAAUUUGUGCUAAGUCCGUUGGCCUUAUACCCAUCCACAGCUCAAGGUUUUCUGGGAAAAGGCACAUUAGAUACAACAGAUGUUGCUAUAAGUUCAUUUUUACAUCCUCAGAAAUUGCGGAUCCUGGAACGCCCCUGGCAUGGAAGGAAAUUAAUGAUGGAAAAGAAUGUACACUGUUUGAGACAUACUAUGGGCUCGUUUCCUGCAAACUUCUGACGUACCUUGACAGCUUUAAACGUUUUCACAUGAAGACCAUAAAAAACAAUCCCACGUAUUUUGGUGAUUAGGAUUUCUUUAAUUUUCCUUACGAGUCAAUUAUUUUAAAGUUACCUUCUACCCUGUUAUGGAAAGCAUCCCUUCUUUCUGUGUUUUAUGUAGGUUCUCUGAAUCUUUAAUUUUACUUGCAAAGGUACAAAAUGUUUUCUGUGCUCUGGUGUACUCAAUUACUGAGAUCUCAUUUUAAGAAAUUUAAGUUGGUGUAGCAUGAUUCUUUUCAAAAUAAAAUAUUUCUUUCAGAAGAGAAAA